CUUAGUGAAGAGGGCCCAGGAGAGGAUUCAAGUGGUGAGGACAUGCUUUGCAUUCUUAGUGAGUGGCUUUUACCUGCCAAAUAGUUGGAUGGAUCUUGGGAAAAGUUUGCUGGACAAACUGGUUUUUUUUUUUAGUAAGUUUUUUCUUCUUUUCUUUUUUCAAGUAGAAAUCUUUACAGUUAUAUUGUUCAGCUUAAUCUAUGAGACUGACCUCAAAUAGUAGUUAUUGUGAUAUGCUGCAAGCGCUCUUUUGUUUACCGAGAAAGAAUUAAUCAUUGUCUUGUUUAAUGGAAUGGAUAAGGGAUUUAAUUUUUUGAAAAGAUUUUUAAAUUGCUUCAAGAAUAUGCUUAGACUUACUUGUAAGAGCAUCCUUUGUUCAAUUUCCAAUUAAGUUUCCUUAGUUUAAUGGAUUAAUUUUUUGUUAAUUAUAAUUCUACAUAUUUUUAAUUUAUUUUUAUGUUUUUUCUCCAUUAAUUUAUAUUCAAGUCUCAUAUGUAUUGUACAUGCUCCUAUUUUGGAUCAAUUUAUUUUUUAUAUGUUACCCAGUGUGAUUAGAUAACUUAUAGAAUAUAUUCAUAUUUCUUAGAAAAAUAUUAAUAUAAGAUAGCAAGUCGGGCUCUCUAAUGUUUAAAUUAUCUCACUGAGUUUAGUUUACUACCACAAGUUAUUUCGAUUUAGCUCUCAUAAGAUUAUCUAGUGCAAUUACUUUUGGCUCCUUAUUUUAAUGCAUCCAUCCUAUUUUUUCAUCUAAACAUCCAGUGAUUGAUUUGUGUGUCAAUCUACAUCCUUUAUGAACUUGUUGUAUACUAGUUUUGAUUUUUAUGGUAUGAAACUUAAUUAUAAUUGAAUUUCAUGUUCUUGGAUUGUGUAAAAUUUUAAAAUUUGAGGAUUUUUAUAUUAUCAUUUCAAAUGAACAAUAUUGUUUUAAUUUUGCAUUAAACUAGACUAGCAUAUGCCUAUAUUAAAAGUUGAGGAACUACAAAAUUAUGUUAUUUUGUGUGUGCAUAUUUUUUGUGUGCAUCUCAACAAACAUUUAUUUUAAUAAACUUUCUUAUGAAAAUAUUCAUGUUUAUUCAACAUUUAUUUUAAACAACAUUUGUUUUAAUCAAUGAUUUGCUCAUUUUUCGGUAAACAAAACAACACUUGCAGUAUAUUGCAGCAACCGUUGUUUGAGGCCAGUCUCAUAGAUUAAGCUGAUUAGAAUUAUGUAUACAAUUUAACUGUAAAGAUUUCUACUUGAAAAAGAAGAAAAAAAUUAUUAAAAAAAUGCUAGUCUAACGAACCUUUCCCAUAGUCCAUCAAACUCUUUGGCAGGCUAUGAUGCAUCGACACUCCUAUUCAUGAAGCUAUGGACAGGGCAGAUACAUCUGGAUUUGUCAGCGGUGGAGAUUGCAGAUUACAUUUUCAUUUGUAUUUCCAUUUCAUCUUCCCAACAGCAGAUAAUUAAGGAUGCUCCAUUGGAGUUGGAACUUGGAAGCAGUGAAAAUCCUUCGGCUCCCUGUGAACACAAACCACUACUGCUGCUGCGAUCUGUUUCCCAGCUGAUAUAUGGAUCUCAACAUGCCAAGCAUGAUACUACUUGGCAAAGAACUACAAAAUCCUUUGGAUGUGGAGCUGAGACAGAGCCCAAAGAAGAGUUGUGGUGACACCACAUUGCGCCUUGAUUGCCUAGGAUAUGGGAUGAGUAGGACAAACCUGCCACUGUAUUCAAAGAGCAGUUUUGACCUUCAUUUGCAGGGUGAUGGAUGCCAUUUAGCUCUGGGACUGAGUUCUGCAUCACCUUCCUGCCAUCUCAGUUGUUUUCAAUCUGCUCUCGGUGAAACUAAAGAAUCUGCUACUCAUUCAGAUUGUAGCUCGCGUUCUGGAACUGAUUCUAAGAUGCUGGAACUAGGGCUCUCUUGUGGUGCUAUAUUACAAGAUUCCUUUGAAAGAACUCCCAUUGCAGUUGUAGAUGAAGGAUCAACCUCUGCAAAGAGGAGUUCAGGCGGUUACAUUCCAUCUCUUCUAUUUGCCCCAAGAUUCGAGGGUUCUAAAGCCAAGGACCAUGAACCAGAGACCUGUGAAAUGCUCCCUGAAGAUCAUGGGCAUCUAUUUAGUGUCUGUUGUGAUCCUUCAGCUACCACCAAUUCUUCAGCAGGGACGACAUCCCAUUCUUCUGGAUCUUAUUCUCAAUCGCAUGACCAUCACCUGAAGAAAUGUAGGUUCAGCGGAUGUUCAAAGGGAGCCAGAGGAGCAUCUGGGCUGUGCAUUGCCCAUGGCGGUGGGCAGAGGUGCCAGAAACCUGGAUGCAGCAAAGGUGCAGAGAGUAGUACUGUAUUCUGCAAAGCUCACGGUGGAGGGAAGCGAUGCCAGAAGCUUGGUUGCACUAAGAGUGCUGACAGCAAGACUGACUACUGCAUUGCUCAUGGAGGUGGGCAACGAUGUGACGAUCCUGGGUGCACAAAGGCAGCCCGUGGCAAGUCUGGUUUAUGCAUCAGGCAUGGUGGGGGUAAACGCUGCACAGCUGAUGGCUGCAAUAGGAGUGCUGAGGGUCAGGCAGGACUUUGCAUUUCCCAUGGAGGUGGCCGACGGUGUCAAUAUGCUGAGUGCACCAAGGGGGCCCAGGGGAGCACAAUCUUCUGCAAAGCCCAUGGAGGUGGCAAGCGUUGUGUGUUUGAGGGAUGCACUAAGGGAGCAGAGGGAAGCACGCCACUCUGCAAGGGUCAUGGUGGAGGUAAGCGUUGCCUUUUUGAAGGCGGUGGAGUUUGCUCGAAGAGCGUCCAUGGAGGGACUAACUAUUGUGUUGCUCAUGGAGGGGGGAAGCGAUGUGCAAUUACCGGGUGCACCAGGAGUGCUCGCGGCCGGACUACUUGUUGCGUGAGGCAUGGUGGUGGUAAGAGGUGCAGGUUUGAGGGAUGUACGAAGAGUGCGCAAGGAAGCACAGACUUUUGUAAGGCUCAUGGGGGAGGUAAGCGCUGCAAGUGGCAUCAAGCGUGCGAGAAGUUUGCUAGGGGAAAGAGUGGAUUGUGCACAGUGCAUAGCAACAUGGCUGCUUGGCGAAUGAGAGAAGUUGUGCCGACUAUCAGAAGCAACAUUGAUAACGACAACUCUGCUUCAGAGAUAAGUACAAUCUUACACUCUGCAGAAAGGCCAGGGAGGCAACAGCAACAGCAGCUAUCACCACCGCAGGUGCAGGUUCCUCUGUCUAUGAAGACCGCCUCAUCAUUGUGUGCGGGUGGAGAGGGAGGGCAAAACAACCAAAGCAAUAGGAGCUCUCAGAUUGUUAUCCCGGAGGGGAGAGUUCAUGGUGGAGGUUUAUUGUUCUUGCUUGGAGGGACCUUCAGGGAUGAUGCUGAUAUCUUUGAAAUAUGAACGUCUUGGAUCAUGAAUGGAUUUUUCCAUUUUCCUUUGCAGGUAUGGAUGUAAUGUUCUAGUUCAUAUCAUUCAGAUUCAGAUUGUGUGCUGCUUUUAUGUUUUGUGUGUACUGGUAUAUAUAUCUAUAGUGUAUGUAAAGUUUGAAGAUAUUUUGUGGAUUAGAAACUGGUAAAUAAGCUUCAAUGUCUUGUUAAAAUAAUCAUGUGAAAAUAAUGCGGUGUAAAUUUCCUUUAUAUGUAGUCUAUGACGAGACAUUGUUGUGUGUGAGAGGUACCCUUGUACUCUUGAGUUAUUUUCCUUAGAACUAUUGCAUGCAAAUGAUGAAAUGAAAUAAAAGGGUUAAAUUUUCUU